AUGAGAAUCCUCCAGCUCAAUCUCAUUCACUGCGAGGCUGCCCAGGACCUGCUCUGCGAUACCAUCAGCAAGCUGCGCAUCGACGUGGCCAUCCUGUGUGAGCAAUACAAGAACCUCGCUCCACCCAACACAUGGCUCGCCGAUGCCGACGGCCAAGCAGCUAUCUGGGUGCAAGGAGGAAUCCCGGUUCAGGAGCGCCCGGCGAGAGUGUAUCCCUACUUCUCGUGGGCCCGAAUCGGCGGAAUCUUCUUUUUCAGCGUCUACGCUCCGCCAAGACUCUCUGGGACUGAAUUUUCCGCCCUCCUCGCGAACAUCUCCGAGGAGGCCCGUGGCAAGAGGCCCCUUGUCAUCGCAGGGGACUUCAACGCAUGUCUACAAUUAUCUAUUCCAAUACCAAGAACUCAACCUUCAAAGAGCCCUAGAUGCCUACGUAAGGACAUUGAUUAUAUCAUUUGGACAGGUGAUCUUCCGCCUCACGAUGUUUGGAAUCAAACUCGAGAAGAAAAUUUAAGAAUUCUUCGUGAAACUGUUAAGCAAAUGGUUGGUCACUUUCCUGGAAUUCCAAUAUUUCCUGCAAUUGGCAAUCAUGAGAGUGCACCUGUGAAUAGCUUUCCAACUUCUUUUUCUCCUUCUGAUACCAGUAUAUCAUGGCUUUACAAUGAACUGGAUAAAGAAUGGCAACGUUGGUUACCUGUGGGUUCCUCUCCAACAGUUCGACAAGGUGCUUUCUAUUCAGUUCUUAUAAGACCUGGUUUUAGAAUUGUUUCAAUAAAUACCAAUUAUUGUAAUAACAAAAACUGGUGGUUAUUAAUUAAUAGCACUGAUCCUGUUAACGAGUUGCAAUGGCUUGUAUAUGAACUUCAAGCAGCAGAAAUGAAUAAUGAAAAAGUUCACAUAAUUGGACAUAUACCACCGGGACAUUCAGAUUGUUUGAAAGUCUGGUCUAGAAAUUAUUAUCAUAUUAUCAACAGAUAUGAAUCGACAAUAACUGCUCAAUUUUUCGGUCACACACACUAUGAUGAGUUUCAAAUAUUUUAUGAUACUAACGAUUUAGGACGGGCUCUUAGUAUAGCUUAUAUUGGACCAUCAGUAUCACCUUAUUAUGAUCUCAAUCCUGGCUAUCGGAUUUAUUAUGUAGAUGGUGAUCAUCCAAAAACUACAAGGCUUGUUUUAGAUCAUGAGAGUUGGGUUAUGAAUUUAAAAGAAGCCAAUCUUUAUGAUUAUCCUGUAUGGUAUAAAUUAUAUUCAGUAAAGCAAACUUACCAAAUGUCCUCACUGCUUCCAAAAGACUGGGACUCUCUUAUAGAUAAAAUGUUAAAUGAACCAAAUAUGUUCGAUACUUACUACAGAAACUAUUUCAAAAAUUCACCUGUGAGACCGUCAUGUGCUGAUGACUGCAAAAAAAGACUUCUGUGUGAUUUAAGAUGCGGAAAAAGUCACGAUCGAAAGGCACUGUGUCAAACUUUAGAAGCGAGAAUUGACAAUACAUCAAAAACUGGCUGGCGAGCUUGGAUUUAUAAUGGAUUAGCUCUUUCGAUGUCUGUUGUUAUGGCUAUUCCACGAUUUGCAUACAAUUUACCUAAGUAUGUUUUUGGUAGCAGAUGAUUUUUUGAGUUCGGAACUUCUUUUUAUCAUUCAAGUAUUAUCGGUAUGCAAACAUUAGAAAAAUCAAACUGUAAAUAAUGAUAUUUUCAUCAAUUUAUAAUAA